CCCCAGCCCCAAGGGCCAAGCAAACAUCCAUGGUUAUGGAUUAACCCGAGUUCCAGGCUGUCAUGGCGGUAGGAGGACGAACCUGCGGUUUCUCCAGGGCCCACCCCUGUGCCAGCAACUCCAGAAUGUGGCAGCUUGCAGGCCUCUUGCUGUUCGUGGCCACCUGGGGGACUUCUGGAACUCCAGCUCCUCCUGACUCCGUGUUUGCGAGCCGCGAGCAUGCCCACCACGUGCUGCGCAUCCACAAGCGUGCCAACUCCUUCCUGGAGGAGCUGCGGCCCAGCAGCCUGGAGCGGGAGUGCGUGGAGGAGGUCUGCGACUUCGAGGAGGCCAAGGAGAUUUUCCAGAGUGUGGACGACACGCUGGUCUUCUGGUACACGUACGUCGACGGUGACCAGUGCGCGGCUCUGCCCUCUGAGCACCCGUGCUCCAGCCAGUGCUGCGGCCAUGGCACCUGCGCCGACAGCAUCGGCGGUUUCAGCUGCCAAUGCCACGGCGGCUGGGAGGGCAGCUUCUGCCAGUACGAGGUUCGCUUCUCCAACUGCUCGGUGGACAAUGGCGGCUGCGCGCACUACUGCCUGGAGGAAGAGACCGGGCGCAGCUGCAGCUGCGCCCCGGGCUACGAGCUGGCGGACGACCACCUGCAAUGCGAGCCGGCAGUGAGAUUCCCUUGCGGGAGGCUGGGCUGGAAGAGAAUCGAGAAGAAACGCGGUAACGUCAAGCGCGAUCUAGAACAAGUCGACGAGAUGGACCAAGUGGAUCCGCGGCUUAUUGAUGGGAAGCUGACCAGGCGGGGAGACAGCCCCUGGCAGGUCAUCUUGUUGGACUCCAAAAAGAAGCUGGCCUGUGGAGCAGUGCUCAUCCACGCAUCCUGGGUGCUGACCGCGGCCCACUGCAUGGAGGAACCCAAGAAGCUCUUCGUCAGGCUAGGUGAGUAUGACCUGCGGCGCAAGGAGAGGUGGGAGCUGGACCUGAACAUCCAGGAGGUCCUCAUCCACCCCAACUACAGUCGGAGUACCACAGACAACGACAUCGCGCUGCUGCGCCUGGCCCAGCCCGCCACCCUCUCGCAGACCAUCGUACCCAUCUGCCUCCCGGACAACGGCCUCGCCGAGCGAGAGCUCAUGCAGGCCGGCCAGGAGACCGUGGUGACGGGCUGGGGCUACCACAGCAGCCGAGAGAAAGAGGCCAAGAGGAACCGCACCUUCAUCCUCAACUUCAUCACCGUCCCAGUGGCCCCGCACAACGAGUGCGUGCAGGUCAUGAGCAACACCAUCUCCGAGAACAUGCUGUGCGCGGGUAUCCUCGGGGACCGGCGCGACGCCUGCGACGGCGACAGCGGGGGGCCCAUGGUCGCCUCCUUCCGAGGCACCUGGUUCUUGGUGGGGCUGGUGAGCUGGGGCGAGGGCUGCGGGGACCUCAACAACUACGGCGUUUACACCAAAGUCAGCCGUUACCUCGACUGGAUCCACAGCCACAUCGAGGAAAAGGAGGCGGCGCCCGAGAGCCCGGCCCCUUAGCUCCCUGCCCCCCAGCGGCUGCUCUUGGUAGCAACAUAUGGGACAUUAAAAGGGCAUGCAACAAAUGCA